AUGGGUGGCAAUGGCAAGGGCAAUGGAAAGUCGAGUGCGGAAGGGCAAGCUUCUGCUGGAGCGACAACCGGGAAAGCGGACCAGUACGUGCCUGUCUUCGACAACAGCCAGCGCUCUUACAAGGAGUUUCGCAAAAUGUGUGAACUUUACCGUGUGGAGAUGGAGCUGGCUGGGCGGCGGCAGGAGACGAUCUUCAACAUCGUCACCUUGCUCACCGGCAAGGCCUGGGACAUGGUGGACGACUUGACCACCGAGACCUUGCAGGGCGAUGGUGGCUACAACGCCGGACCGCGGCUUCAAGUACGAGACUUCGAGACGUUCUUCGUGAAGUUGAACCGCAAGCCGAACCAGACGCUUCAGGAGUAUGCCGCCGACUUCUCGAGACCCGAGCGCCAGAUCCGUGUGACCCACUCGGUGGAUCUUCCGCAGAAGGUCUUGGCCUGGUGGUUCCUCCGACGGCGCGGUGUCGGCCGUGACCAACGGCAACUGGUGCUCACGAACGUGGGCGCGGACAACCUCACCCUGGAGAGCGUGCAGAAGGCGAUGAACUUUAUCCUUGGCCAGGACUCCCGUCUUGAACCAAGGUGGGGAAAAGUCAAAGCCAACGCCUUCUAUCAGGACGAGCUCCACGACGAAGGGUACGACCAGGACGGUGACGAGGAGCCGACCUACUGGCAGGAGGAAGGCGACCACAGCCCACCUUGGCCGGGCGAGGGCGAGGACUACUACGACUACGACCCGAGCCCCCAGCACGAGGACGUGUUCGACGUGGACGAGUUCGACGAAGUGUAUGCCUCCUACACGGACUUGCCCUGGUGGACCGUGGGAACGUUCGACGUGGCGGCGGUGCUGGAAAAGGACGAGGCAAAGCACCCCAAUCGCCAAAAAGAUCAACUGCGAAAGCUCGCGGCCAGCAAGCAGCCGGGAGACACCGGGCACUGGGCCCGAAACUGGAUUCAGGCCAGCGCCGGCGGGGAAAAGAAGCGGAAAAUGGAAGGCGAAGACGAGAUCAUGAUGGACCUCGAGGAGGAAGCGAACAACCGGGCAAUGCAGGACGGUGGCGCAGCCAGUGUUCUUGGAAGUGCCACGGCAAUCCGGUGCUACCUGCGGUACCUCCUUGAGAAGGGCGUGGACCUCUCGACCAUCCCGUGCUUCAAGUGUGCCAAAGGCUUCCGCUUUGGCAACUCAGCCACCGGAGGCUCACGGCACUGCCUUCUUUUGCCGCUGACCUUGGAAGGCCGGAAGCUGCAGAUCCUGACUUAUGUCAUCGAGGGCAGUGCUCCUUUGCUGUUUGGCCGGCCGUUGCUGAAACGGUUGGGCGUGGUUGUCGACUACGACAAGGAGAAGAUGAAGCUCGCACUGUCCGAUGACGUGACCCGCCUUCUCGACGACAGCCCCUACGACGAGAUCCUUGUGCCCGACGACUACGAGAACCACGUCGCCGUUCAGGACCCGAUCGCCUUGGACGAGAUCCUGUUACUGUCCGAGCCGACCCUAGCCUAUGAGGAAGUGAACCUUGCGAAGCACCACAACAACGACUCGGGGAACCUUCUGGAAAACUGUGAGCCCAACGACGGUAUGAACAAUGAGGCCGUCACCCGACUUCUGCGCGAGAAGCUGACCACGGUCGAGAACGACGUUGCCCCCACCGCGGAGGAGGACAAGAAGGAGACUGUGGCCCUCACCGGCGACAAGGUGAAGGCCUUGAGCAAAGGACGCCUGCGCGGGCUGAUCAUGAUGGCCCAGGCUGCGACCAAGAAGCACAAGAGCCUCCUCUCCCAGACCAGCAGAGUGGGCAACAGCAGCCAACGUGUGGUCUGGCAGGUGUUUCCGGGAAAAGGCCGCCUUGGAGACGAGAUCCACAAGCAAGGCGGCAAGUUUCUGAACUUCUCGAAGGAGACCGGCUGGAACUUUACCCAGCCAAAGGUGCGGAAGCGUUUUCUCGCAAACCUGCGGGAGGAGCAGCCCGAUGAGGUACUGAUCGCCCCGUCGGGUCGCAUAUGGACCACCACGACAACAUCCUUGUGUUUGCGGCGGUUGUCUUUGAGACCCAGCGCCGUGCGGGACGCCACGCUCGCAUCUUGGAACGCGAGAUCGUGGAUGACAAAGGCCCUGGCCCGACUACAGGGCCACAGCAGCUACGUGGACCAGUGCGAGUACGGCCUGUCACUCCCAGACAACAAGAACGACCACAAGCUCCUGAGGAAGGCGACCUGCUUCUUUACAACUAAGCGGACUCUGGCCUACCGCCUGGAAAAGCGGUGCUCUGGGGAACACGCUCACGCCAACGUCCCGGACACCGAGAACAAGACGACCGAAAAACUACCCGCCGAGACCCUUCCGAACUUGCUGUUGCAGGACGAUGGUGCCGACGAGGUCCAUGCUGUCUCGCCGGGGUCCCCCUCUGAAGAGGACCUGCUGGGCCCGGACAAGGAACCAGCAGACAACACCAAGGAUGUGAGCCGAAAGAACCGGGACGAGGAACCAACAGACAACACCGAGGAUGUGAGCCGAAAGAACCGGGAACUUCGUUCGAAAGUGGGCAGCCAGGCCAUGAACUAUGUGACCCGUCUCCACAAGAACCUUGGUCAUCCUAGUUCGGACGUUUUGGUUCGUAUGCUGGAGGAGGUCCAGGCCACAGGCAACGUGAUCGAGGCGGCAAAGGGAUAUGUGUGCCCAACCUGCUACAGCCGUCGUCGUCCUCCUGGUGUUCCACCGGCAGCCGGCUUGAUGGCUCGCAACUUCGGUGACCGAAUCAUGGCCGACAGCGCUUGGAUCGACCUCGAAGGUGGCCGCCGCUGUGUGCUCACCAUCAUGGACCAGGCCACAAGAUAUGUUGCAGUGAGGUUGUUGGAAAGCGAGCGGGCCACCGAGUUUAUCAAGGGCAUCGAGCGUGCAUGGAUCAAGCAGUUUGGUGUGCCCAAGAUGCUGAGGAUUGAUGAGGCCAAGGGCUGGUCAUCACUGGCACUUCGUGAAUGGAGCCCGCUGCACAACGUUACUCUGGAGAUUGCCCCAGCAGAGUGCCACAACUGGCUUGGUGCAGUUGAGCGCAAGCACCAAGUGGUGCGAAGAGCCCUCGAGAUCUACAUGGACGAGAAGGGUGGCCGAACACUCAGUCACCUUAAGGAGGCUCUUGUGUAUGUCCCGGGCCAAAUCAACAACCUCAGCUUUGUCAGGGGCUUCACUCCAAACCAGUGGGUUACCGGCCGGCAACCGAUGAACUCAACAACUCUGAGUGGAGACUUCUUCAACCCUGGUGCCGACCCCAUGGACGAUCCCACCGACUUUGCACAGCUACAGCAAACUCGCUUGGCGGCACAACAAGCCUUUCUUCGUGCGGACACCGAUGCCCGACUGCGUCGCUCAAUGAACCAGCUCUACAACGAGGUCAAGGACGAUGUGGCUAGCUGCGGGCCAAAAGUGCUGGUACUGGUCAAUGACGAGGGCAAGAACACCAUUGUGUGGAUUGCCCAUGGGACCAAUCUUCUACGAUGUGGUCCUCAUCAAGUUCGUCCUCUUGUUCAGGACACCGGCUGUGCUCCUGUGGCCGAUCCUGCUGCUGCUCUUGCCGACCUCUACGACAUCCGCGCAAGGAGCACCACUCAGUUUCGCGACGUUUUUGCGUACGAGCCUGUCCUGGAGGAUGCCAUGGCCGAGGGUCCCGAGCCGCCGCAUGGUGACGAGGACCUUGCUGACUACUCUCCGUCACCGCCGGCUUCUGACGCUGAUGAUGAACGCGGUUUUGAAGCCCCUGUGCCUGGUGCUGCCGCUCUUCACUUCUGUUCCAGCGCUCGGAACCGCGCCGCCGCCGCCACAGCAGCAUGGCCGAGCCGGAGCCGGCCCCUAGCGAGACUGGUGUUGACCCACCCGGCCCUCCCAGCAAACGCCUCCGUGAUGCUCCCGCCCGCUGGGCUGGAUGCUGAUGCCGAAAUGGUUCCCGUGCCCUCGGAUGGCGACAGUGACCUCCUGGUCUCCGAUGUCUAUGUGGUGGACGAAGGCAGGGCCGCUGAUGAUUUACCAAAGAGCUGGACCAUUAUUGAGGGCGAGAUUGUGAUGGAUGAAGACCUUCGGCUGAAGAAGAGCGCAAUACAAGGAGAAAAGAGCCUUGGGCCCCAGUGUCACGAAAAUCCAGCUGGAGACGCGGAUUUGCCUGUAUCCCCUGGACACGGUGGCCAAGGAGGAGACACACCAAGUGAUACGCCAAUGGCGAUGCCUGCACCAGAAGGAGUUGCAGGAGGAUCCCUUCAGGCCCUGAUAGGGAACCUGUCGGCAGGCGCGCAAGCUUUGGCUAGUGCUGCAGGUACAGGAAGUACAAGGACUUACGACUCUGCAGCUAAGCUGGUGAAGAGUCCGGAUGUGUUCGCUCCAAAGAGUUUGGAGGAGGAAGUUUCACAGUGGCCCGAUUGGAGUUUCAGCUUCAAAGUGUUUGUGGGCUUCAUUGACCCCACCUAUGCAGAAGAGUUGAAGAAAGUGGAGCUGGCGCCACCAAAGCCAGCAGAGUAUACAGUUGGUGAAAGAGAAAGAAGUACAAAGCUGUAUGCGAUCUUGGCCUCGUAUCUUCGGAACAGGCCAUUGAAGUUAUUGAAGUCAGAAGGAAGUCCAGAUGGAUAUUCUGUAUGGAGGAGACUGUUUGAAGAGUUGGAGCCGUCAAGCCGAACAAGAGGGCUGGCAAUGGCUCAAGCUCUAGUGAGCUUUCCCCAGAUGACGAAGGGGACUUCUAUCUUAGACUAUCUGCUUACCUACGAAAAACUGGUUGCGGAAUACGAAAAACUGUCCGAAGGAAAACCCUACGAUGAGAAUUUGAAAAUCGGAACAGUACUCAAAGGUUUGCCAAAUGAGUUGAGGAAGCAUAUCCUGAUAGGAUUGACCCCUACGACGAAGUACGCAGACAUCAGGAAGAAGUUGCUUGAGUAUGAAAGAAGUACCCAUUCGUGGAAUGCGGAGAACAUUUUGCAGUCUUUCAACAUGGAAAGCGCAACGAAGAAUACACCCUACAAUGGGCCACAACCAAUGGAUAUUGAUCGAGUAGAAGAGGAAGGAACCCAUCAAGGAGAUCACGAGAAGAGUUCCUCUAGCAACGCCCCUGCUACAAAGAACGAGACUGGUCAAGUGAGGCAGAUCACAGCAGAAGCGGCGCGACAAGCCCGACGAGUGGAAAUGACAGAAGAUGAGGAUGAAGAGCUCAACUUUGUGAGGUUGUGUCAGGAGUUUGAAGAGCUAGUGGAAGGAGAACUGAGAAGAGUUGAGGAGUUUGAUAUCUCUUCGAAUGAUGAGGAAGAAGAAAGCGAGGAGGAAUCAACAGAUGGGUUGAUGGAGUGGUACCAAGGAUGGAUGUGCAUCAGAAGACUUGAAGAAGAGGAAAUGAAAGUGCAGCCGGUGAGGCUGGAAAGAGAAUUGAAAAACGAGCUGAAGAGCAAAGAAGAUGAAGAUGGAUGGUUUGUGCUGAAUGAUGGCACACCUGCAAGGUUUGAUUGGUACAUGGGGAAGACGUUUGACCCAACAGGUCAGUUCCCCAACAGGCUCUACGAAGGAGAAGGAGAUGAAGGAGAUUAUUUUCCUUAUCGAACAACCUUGCUAGGAAAGCUGAAAAGAAGCGGAGAAAGAGUGUUGAAUGAAGUGGAUUGGAAGAGUAUGGAUUUCUUUGAGUGUACGGAGAUCUGGAAGGAUCGCGAAAGAGUUCAGCUUGGGGCUAGUCCUCAAGACCGGCUUGAGGUGAUGGUCACCUUGUUGGAAAAAGGGAUGAAGGAACCGAGUGACAUGGGUUGCUCACGAAUUUGGAAGAGUUGGAGAGAGAGCUGGCACAAGAAGGAGUGCCGAUGGAGGUCACGGGAACCUCCACGAGUUCGAAAGAGAAGGAAGGAAGCGAACGAGAGGAACCGAAGAGAGGAGUUCCAGUGA